AUGGGUAGCUGCUGUGGAACCCAAACAAGCUACAAUAAGCUUUCUUUGAACCUGCAAGGGAAAACUACUGAAAUCCCUAAAAAAAUCACAAAUUUCAAUGAGCUUCAAGCAGAAGCAAGGAGAAACUAUCGGCAAUUAACCAAUAAAGAAUUUACUAUGAAGAUCAAUGAGAACCCUCUGACAAAUGAUAACUUUUUUCAAUAUACAAAAGGAAAAGGAAAACUUACCAUAACUAUUGAUAUAGAAAAUGACCAAGCUAUCGAUUUAUCAGGUGGAUACAUAAGUAUUAAAUCAGAUGAGCUAGAGCAUGCAGGUUUUGUAACAAAUUUUAAUUUGGUAAUGACUACUAAUAAAGUCCUUCCAAGCCCAGAAAAAGCUUUACAAGCUAAAUCUGACCUUCAGCUAGACCCAAAAGUAUUUUUCUAUCGAAACUCUGCACUUUCAUUUUCAUUAGUCGGACUUCAAGCUGGCAUAAGAGCAGAGCCUUUACCUAUCCUCUGCACCAAAUUGCACCCUGGGGAUAAAAUUUCUAUCAAUAACACAACAGUAACUCUAAUCUCAUUGGACCCUUAUAAACUAGUAUAUAAGUAUAACGCAAUUCCAGGAACUCCUAUUCUAUAUCAAGGAAAAGUUGUAGGGAUGCAUAUAUCGAAUAAUAUUGGAGUAAAUAUUUUAGGGGUUAUUGAAGACUUAAAAUCAGUCUCCACCGUCCAUUUAUUUUCUUCACAAAUUAACGAGUUUUUGCAUGAAGUUAUAUUUGAGGAAGGAAUCCCCAGCUCUGAGUCUCGGUUUCAUUUUAUUUAUUGUCCAAAAGAAAAUGGGUUAUCAAGCUAUAACAUAAUUUCGCAGGAAUUCAAAAAUGUUGAUAUUAAAAUACCAAAAAAUUCAGUUGUGGCACAAGCUGAGACGGGAGCUUAUAUAUCAGGUGGGAAAAGCGAUAACUUAGUCUGCAUAAAUAAAAUUGCUUUCGCUCAAGCGAAGUUAGCUCCGCUAACUUUCUCUCACUCAAGCAAUUUUAUUUAUGGGGUUGGUUUUUUACCUCGAGAACUUCUGCACAGCAAUAGCAGUUUAACUUUGGGGAUAACCAGAGGAACUGCUCCUCAGUGCGCUCAAGACCUUGAGUUUUUACCCCCUCAGCACACCCGAAGGAAGGUGGACCCUUAGGUGGAACACGCGCAGGAGCUGAGUCGAAACAAAGCCGUGGCGGCAGCGAAGCCCGUCGAAGCCGAAACGCCUUAUUUGUCCGUGCCUUGAUGAUCAAAAGGGAUUGAUCCAGAGGUCCACAGGCCCGACACGUGUACAAAUAUGGUGACAGCUCUGGAGUUGGCUACCCCGUAGUGGACGUUAAGCGUUAUAAAUUUUAUAAGAUAAGAUAAGAUAACUUAGUCUGCAAAAAAUUUUAUUUUUUUGAUAGUUAUACGUUUACCCUGUUUGAAAAGCAUGAAAUGAUCACUGCUAGAGAAAACCAUGCUAUGGCUAUUAUGAGUACUGGAGUUUAUGUAAUAAGUGGAUUUAAUGGUAGCGAGCUAACUAAUGAAUGUGAAUAUUUCGAUAUUAAGAAAAAUGUAUGGUAUCCUAUAUACCCUAUAAAUUUACCAAGAAAUGGAGCCACAGCAACCGUUUUUCUUGAAAAUUUGUAUGUGGCUGGAGGACUGAGGCCAAAUGGAAGCUUUUGUGAAAAUAUUGAAAAGUUUGUUAAUAAUAGAUGAGAAAAUUUGAAGAUAAAAGCCCCAGAGUCUUUAGGAAAUAUCAAGAUUUUUGGAGAUGGACAAAAAAUGAUGAUAUUAGGGAAAAGCUUGUGGAGAUCUAACAAUGAGGAGUGGGAAACAAUUUCUGAUGAAAAGCAAGAGCUUCCAGGGAAGCAUAUAGCAAUCUUGAUGAAUAAGCUAUAUGUUUUUGUAAAUCCAAGAAAUCUAUUGGUUUGGGGAAAUGAGAGUGAGUGGAGAAAUGUAGGGAGAGGAAAGUAA